CCUCACCGUCCCUUUGCUGUCUUCGCCAUGCUCUCCGCCCUCCGCUCGAUCAAAUCGCGGGCUAUAUGCGCACCGUCGGCAAGGAUAGCUCAUGUCAACUUCUACAAAACUGUUGCAGAGCUCACGCGGAACCACUGGAAGACUGGCGCACACCCUGCACCACGGCCUGUCGUAGAGGACGAGGAAGAAGACUGGCCAGCGCCGCUAAAAGAGGGCUUCGACGAGACGGAAGAGUCCCAGGAUGAGGCUUCCACAUCCUCACGCCCUCUGCCGCACCGGCCCUACCCCACAAAGCCCGAACGCAAGCGAACACCGCAGGAGUACGCGGCGCACCGAGAGACGAUGAAGCGCAAGUUCCCCGAGGGCUGGGCGCCGCCACGCAAGGUCUCGCGCGAGGCGAUGGAAAGCAUGCGCUCGCUGCACCAGAUCGACCCCGGCCGCUUUUCGACCCCGAUACUUGCGGAGAAGUUCCACAUCAGCAAGGAGGCCGUGCGCCGUAUCCUGAAGAGCAAAUGGGAACCGACGCGAAACGAGAGAGCACGGCUCGCGGCGAAGGAGCGGGAGGCGCGAGAGGCGUGGAAGGCGCAGCGGCGAGCGACGGAGAAGGUGCAGCACGAGGCGAUACAGGAGGAGUAUGGCCUCGUCCCGGAGGAGAGGAAGGACGACAAGCUCACGAUGACAUGAGAGUCAGCAGAGUUCCUUGGAUAAUUUAUAGCUCUACAGUACACAAAUCCGCCAUAAUACC